AUGCUGAAAGUCGUGCAGGCAAAUAGUCACGGCAACCUCAAAGAGGUAAAGGUUAUCGAUAGCAAUACUGUCUUAUCGAUAAGAAGCAUCGCGGCUUACACCUGGUGUAUGGAGUGCGGCCAGCACGCACCAGCGAAACGCAUGGUUUCCAGCUGUCAUAUCAUCAUUGACUCCCCCGAAUACCACCUCGCCCUCGUCAUCACACCGUCAACCUCCGGUACUUCCGCUCUCGUCCUCGUAGCCCAGAUCUGUUCUUUCAUCGAUUGA